AUGUUGCAACUGGGAGAACAGCAUCAGUCCGAGACAAGUGACACAGGCACCACGUUCAAACAGUCGCCUCAGACUGAUUGGCAGGCACGUGCCGACGCCGCUGCGUGUGUGCCCAACCCUAUGUACGCCUCCGGGAGGGCCUCCGGGGCAGGCACCACACCUAAACAGCCGCUUCAGACGUAUUGGUGGGCCCGUACGGACGCCGCUGCGUGUGUAGACAAGACUGUGUACGCCUCCGGGGCAGGAGACCACGAUCCGCCCACUUGCCACAAGGCGGGAUGCUUCAGCCGAUGCAAAAUGUUGUGGCAAAUCUUCUGUCCUCUGAUUGUCAUAGCCAUUGCUGUAAUACUUCAAUAUUUUGCAGUUAAAUUCACGGAGGAGAUAGGACAGCUUCGAGCCGAAGUGAAGGAGCUGAAACAUUCCUUUUAUCUUAACACCACAUAUGCCGGAGCCUUCCAGGUCGAAGACAUAGGAGGGGUGGUUGGGUCUGCUGUGCCUCCGGGAGAGAAGGGAAACGUGACGCCACAUAGCGAUCGGUCUGCCGGGCCACCUGGGCCUCCGGGAGAAAGGGGACCCACGGGGUCAGCUGGCCCUGGGUCUGCCGGUCCUCCAGGACCACCUGGGCCUCCGGGAGAAAGGGGACCCACGGGCCCAGCUGGCUCUGGGUGUGCAGGUCCUCCAGGACCACCUGGGCCUCCGGGAGAAAGGGGGCCCAUGGGGCGAGAUGGCCCUGGGUUGUCCGGUGAGAAGGGAGCCACUGGGCCAUCCGGACCAGUUAGCUCACGAGAACUGAUGGGGCCCACCGGACUACCUGGUCCAACAGGGAUGUCAAAGUGUUUGGCUGAACAUACAGGCUAUAUUAUGUUCCGCGGUAUCUGCUACAAGGCCUUCGCCACACGUCUGCCCUUCUUUGGAGCGGUCGCGAUCUGUCGUCAAGAUGGCGGCACCCUCGCCAUUCCCCGGGAUGCUGAAAUAAACGCCUUCCUGGCCUCCUUGCCUCGUGCAGGAGACUACAACCACUGGAUCGGCCUGCAGUAUCGGCGCACUAAAGGGGUCUUCGAGUGGAUGGAUGGUUCUGCGCGUGUUGACUACCACUCGUGGGAUCGGGGAAAACCAAACAAGAACAUAAAGACCAGGUUUUGA